AUGUGCGUUCAGGUCUGUAAGCCGCUCGAAGGACACAGGAAGCGGGUCUCGGUCUUCUUCUUCGGGACCCACCAGAUAGGGCACCUCCCCCCCGAGAACGUGGUCCCGUACGUCGGCAACAAGCUGAAGUACGGCAGCGGCGUCCGAAUCAAAGGCUUCACGGAGGGAAUGUGGGAGAUCCAGAACACGCCGGGGGUCGGGAGCAAAGUCAAGAUUCCGGCACAAACUGCCGCCAAAACGAAACCUGCAAAACCGACUAAAGCUACGCCCGCUAAACCGACUUCAUCAGGAUCCACUCCCGGUAAAUCGGUCCCUGGUCCUGCUGGUCCUCCUGCUGGUCCUGCUGCUGCUAAAACUCCCACAAGAGCUUCGUCCAGGUUGGCUCCGGAGAAAGCGUCCGACUCCAGACUGACUUCUGAACCGGCUCUCACUUCUGACGCUGUAUCCGAGACUUCUGGGAACAGAAGGAGCAGGAGGACCGCCUUAGGGGGGCGGAGUCAGGACACGGCUCCGACCGCCUUAGGGGGGCGGAGUCAGGACACGGCUCCACCGGAGAAUCAGAAGGAGGUGGAUGAAGAGCAACGGAAGGGAAGGACACCUCGACAGCGCCGCCUGGCGGCCAAGAGGGAGAGUCUGUUAAGAUCUCUGAAAGGUCUGCUGAGAGGAGGAAGAGGAAGGAAAAGGACGAUGAAGAACUCCCAGAGGACCGGCGAUGGAGCGAAGAAAAAGGUGGAGGUUAAAAAGACGAGUGUGAGAGAAUCGACCGUCGCCAAGGCGAUGGACAGGAAGUCCGGCGUCAAAGCCGCCGUCUGCAAGAAGGUCAAAGACACGACACAGGUGAGAGGAAGGGAUGAAUAUCACGAGGGGAAGGUGUCCCGCCUCAAGACAGCGGCAGCAGAGAAGAAGACGGAGGUAAAGAAGGAUGGACAGAAGACAAAGAAGACGGACGCGGGUAAAGCGGCAGGCGGCGGGAAGACGAAAGACGGCGGGAAGACGGACGCAGGUGUAACGGCAGGCGGCGGGAAGACGAAAGACGGCGGGAAGACGGACGCAGGUGUAACAGCAGGCGGCGGGAAGACGAGAGAGAGGGAUGAGAAGGUGAAGACGGACGCAGGUGUAUCGACAGAUGUUGGGAAGACGAAGACGGACACGGGUAAAACGAAAGACGGCAGGAAGACAAGGGUGACGACAAACGCGCGGGAAACGACCGACGGCGGGAAGACAAGAGAGAGGGAAGAGAAGGUGAAGACGGACGCGGGUGUAACGACAGGCGGCGAGAAGACGAAGGAAGACAAGACGCAGGCUGUCGGGAAGAAGGGCGAGGGGAAGAAAGACGAAGAAAAGAAGGACGAGAGGAAAAUCAUCGGGAAGAUCGUGAAGGCGACGCCGCGACAGGGAGCGAAGGUUCAGGUGAAGACGAUAAUGGGAGGAGCGGCGGCGGCGGCGGAAGACAGAGGGAGCGCCGCGGAGAGGAAAGACGAAGACAAGCCGGACAAAGGCGCAGCGGGGGACGGGAGGAAGUCGGAGCGAAGGAGAGCGGCGACGGGCGGGAGAAAAGACAAGAACGUGACGGAGGUGGAGAAGGACAGGAAGGACAAGAAGGACGGGACGACGCUGAAAGAGAAAGAAGGCAGGACAGACGCAGAACAGACUGAGGAGAAGACGGACGAGACGAAACAACAGAGGACGGACGAGACGAAACAACAGAGGACGGACGAGACGAAACAACAGAGGACGGACGAGACGAAACAACAGAGGACGGACGAGACGAAACAGAGGACGGACGAGACGAAACAGAGGACGGACGAGACGAAACAGAGGACGGACGAGACGAAACAGAGGACGGACGAGACGAAACAGAGGACGGACGAGACGAAACAGAGGACGGACGAGACGAAACAGAGGACGGACGAGACGAAACAGAGGACGGACGAGACAAAUCAACAGAAGACAAGAAGCGACGAAACGACAGACGCCGUAACCGAGGAGACGUCCAAACCUGAGGACGCACAGGCGGAGAAGACGGGCGCCGGAGAGGACGCCGCGUCAGACGGAGGGAAGGUGGAGCCGCCGGCGGGGGACAAGAAGACCGUUACCAUGACGCUGACCGACUCCACGCUGCACCGAAUCCACGGCGACAUCAGGAUUUCUCUGAAGACCGACAACCCUGACAUCAGUAAGUGUCUGAUGGCGUUGGAUCAGCUGAGUAUGGUUUAUGUGACGUCUAAACACGUGCAGAGGCACAGUGAGCUCGUCGCCACUCUGAGGAAGCUGCGGUUCUACCGGGCGAGCCAGGCCGUCAUGGACAAGGCCUCCAUGUUGUACAACCGGCUGAAGAACUCCUUCCUGGUGGGAGAGGGGGAGGAGGUGUUUCCUGGCAACUCGUCUCAUCUCGCAGCUUCUCCCUUCCAGUGCCUGCAGCUUUGUUUCUGA